CAGGAUGAAGGCUUGUGUAAUCGCUCUAACUAUCGGUGUGCUUGUGGCCGUGGGUCUACCCACAACAACUGCGCUUCGAUACACCGUCCACAACACUCCGGUAAAUUUCUUCACAGCUUGGCAGCAGUGCAUAGCGAAGGGAGGAGCAUUAGCUGCGAUCGAGACGCCCUGUCAGAACGAAUUUGUUUAUGAUGCCAUCAAGCAGUCUGGUGGAUCUGGUGGAUGGUGGACCUCGGGUACAGACCUUGGGCUGGAAGGAUCGUGGAUCUGGAUGUCGAAAAAUGUACCACUCGGCAACGUUAACGGAUACAUGAACUUUGCUCCUGGAGAACCGAGCAAUUCGGGUACCACUGGUGAACACUGUCUCGCUAUAGAACAAUCUCCUCAGUGGAAUGAUAUGCCGUGCGAUAAACUAUUAAACUACGUUUGCGAGUACUAUAUAUGAUGGGAGGGUGUAGUCGUCUCUUCGCAUUAUAAAUAAACUAACAAUAAACACACUUUUCGCUGAGUAUGACAGAUAUA